ACAUGAACACCUUGAUGGGGGUAAAAGGCCGCGACUUCGUGCUGCUAGGAGGCGACAGCGCCUUCUUUCGGUCGGUGGUCAUCAUGGACACGGAGUAUCGAAAAGUGGUGGAGCUGUCGGACAACGUCCUGGUUGCGACGUCCGGUGACCAGGGUGACGUUGAGAUGUUCGUGGAGUGGCUUAAGCGAAAUGCACGGCUGAUGCAGCUCGAGUCCUCGCGACCGGUGGGCGCGCGAACGUUGGCGCACUUCGCGAGGCGGAACCUAGCCGACAAGCUGCGAAAACAAGGGGCGGGGCAGGCAGUGACUGCGCUUAUCGGCGGAUGGAACGAGGUCGCGUGCCAGCCUGAGCUGUUUUGGCUGGACGCCUUGGGCGCUCUCCAGGACGUGCCGUUCGGCGCGCACGGCCUAGCCUCGCGUUUCGCGCUGAGCCUUCUCGACAACGGCUUUCGCGAGGGCAUGUCUCUCGACGAAGCGCGACAUCUCAUGGAGACGUGCUUCCGGCAGCUGGAGCGGCGAUACCUCGUCAGUUCUGUGGGCUUUAGCAUGAAAGUUGUGGACAAAGAUGGUUGCAGAGACGUGGCUUGUAUUGAGCGAGGGGAAGAAGGGACCGGUGGACGGGGGGGGCGAGGGGGCGGGGGCGGGGGGGCAUCAGAGCAACCUGCUGGUAGAGGGAAACCGGUUGUUCUUCCAUCAAGCGAAUCAAGUUUAAGUUAAAUUGUGGAGUACACAUACGUAGCUGCGAGCAGGGUCAUGGAGCAAAGAAAGGUUUUGUUCUUGUCGCGUUCUUAAAGCAGAUUCAGCGUAGGCUCUUGAUUCCGUGCGCAAGAUCCAACGUUGAUUCGCGAAUGUCGGCGAUGCGCUCUUACUUGUUGCAUAUCGUUUGAUGAUAUGCCUGCAUUGAAAAGUUGGCCGGAUUGGCCCCAGUUGGAAUGCAGGCAGUUGGUGUGUUAAACGCACCGCGAUAGGGUUCCACGCGAGCAUGCGGAUUUGUAUGAGUGCUGCUGCUGUACAGUAGACUUAAUAUAUGGGAUCUGCAUAGAAUGGAUGCAUCAAGCUACCUGGUUGCUUAUUUUUAGCACCUGAUAU